AUGGAACAGCUUCUUGAUACAUAUGAAAGUGCUAAUCCCUUUGAUGAACCUCCCCUACCACAUAAACCUGAUAAAUUACGUUCAGCAAGAAUUGAUAGAUUGGAAAACAUAGUAGAAAGGAUGAUACUUAAUGAACAAUCGUGA